AUGGCGGGCGGGCGGCGGGCGGUGACGGUGGCGCUGCUGGCGCUGGGCUCGGUGGUGCUGGCCCUGGCGGCCGCCGUCCUGCUCCGCGCCUUCGUCCUGCGGCCCCCGGCCGGGGUGCCGCGGCUGUGGGCACGGAGCGCCGGCACCGCCGCCCUCAGCGCCAGCGAGCGGCGGGAGCUUAAGGAGGCGCUGCGAGGGGCCAUUAAAAUCCCAACUGUGUCCUGGUCUCCAGAGGAUUUGAACACAACUGCCAUGGCAGAAUUUGGGAGUUACAUUCAGAAAGUCUUCCCAGCUGUAUUUUCUUCAAAGUUCAUCCAACAUGAAAUUGUUGGCCAAUACAGCCACCUGUUUACAGUGCAGGGCUCUGCCCCUGGCCUGCUGCCCUACAUGCUGCUGGCACACAUGGAUGUGGUGCCUGCUCCCCCUGAGGGCUGGGAUUUCCCUCCUUUCUCAGCUGCAGAGCACCAGGGAUUCAUCUACGGCCGAGGAACGCUGGACAACAAAAACUCUGCCAUGGGCAUUCUGCAAGCUCUGGAGUUCCUGCUCAGGAGGAAUUACCGACCCCAGCGCUCCUUCUACAUCGGCAUUGGCCACGAUGAGGAGGUGUCUGGGCUGAAGGGAGCAAAGAGAAUUGCAGCUCUGCUGGAAGCCAGAGGAGUGGAACUCUCCUUCCUGCUGGACGAGGGGAGUGCAGUGCUGGACGGCAUCAUUGCAGGGGUGAAGAAGCCAGUGGCCAUGAUUGCUGUCACAGAAAAAGGUUCAAUGACACUGAACUUCACAGUGGAAAAGGAGCCAGGGCAUUCAUCCUUUCCCCCUAAGGAGACAAGUAUUGGCAUUCUGGCAGCAGCCAUGUCCAGGCUGGAGCAGAAUCCCUUGCCCAACCUGUUUGGCCACGGCCCAGAGCUCAUGACCAUGGAGCACCUUGCAGCAGAGUUCAACUUUCCUCUCAACAUCAUCAUGAGCAAUUUGUGGCUGUUCUCACCUAUUGUCAGCAGAGUCCUUGCCUGGAAACCUUCCACCAACGCCUUGAUCCGAACAACCACUGCAGUCACCCUGUUUAAUGCAGGAAUCAAGGUGAAUGUCAUCCCUUCCUCUGCCAGAGCCACAGUGAACUUCAGGAUCCACUCAGCUGAGACAGCUGCUGAGGUGCUGGAGGCCGUCAGGAGCACCAUUGCUGAUGACAGAGUGAAGAUUGAUGUGGUGGAGGCCUUUGACCCCCUGCCCAUCAGCCCUUGGGAUGAGCAGACAUUUGCAAUCCACAUUUUUCAAAAAACCAUCCUGGACAUUUUCCCAGAUGUGGACAGUGUGGUCCCAGGCACGUGCAUUGGGAACACGGACAGCAGGCACUUCAGCAACGUCACCAAGGCCAUCUACAGGUUCAACCCUCUGCUCCUGGCACAGGAUGAUCUCCCCAGGAUCCAUGGCUUGAAUGAGAGAAUCUCCAUUGAGAAUUAUGAGAGGCAGGUGGAGUUCCUCUUUCAGCUGAUCAAGAACUGUGACAUUGAGACCCUUCCAGAGCCCCACGCCAACUCCCACGAGCUCUGAGAGAUUUUUGGGAGGAGCAGCUGCAGGUGGACUCUGGGACAGGGCCUGAAGAUGGAAUUUUGGAAUUUUGGGUUUUGUUAUAUUGUGGUUUAAAUACAGAUGGGAUAAGUGCAGGUUGUGUGAUAGGAAUGUGGCCAAAUACAACAACUAACCCUGAUUUCUGCUCUCUGUGCUCUGAUGUGCAGCCAUUAAUCUGGCACUAAUUUUUUUCAGCUCUUUAAACCUCUAAAAUUGGUAAUCACUAAAAAUCUGAGCUAUGCCCAGCAGCCACUCACACUAGAAGCUGACUCACCCUGUGUGCCUCUGACAAACUCCUUUUUGAUGGUGAAUGGAUCUUUCCCAGGUGAGGAUUUUUCCAGAAGGCCACAGGGAGGGUUUGUGGUGUGCUGAAAUGUUCCUGUCACUGCUGCAGCCACACUGAGGAGUUCUGGCACUGCUGCUGGGCUCUGCUGCUUCCCAGGGCAUUCUCCCUUGGCUGCACUGAUUCCUGGCUCUAUUUUCAGGUACUCCAGAACUUCUGUGUUGUUGUGACUGAGGAGGUGCUGAAAACUUUCCUGUCCAUCAUUUUAGUGCUGAUUUUUGUUCCCUCUGUGACUCAGGGUGUGUUGUUCAACUGGGUGUCAGAUUAAGGGAUUGCAGCUUUGAAUGAGGAAUUAAAUCCCUCGUCUGCUCCUCUCUUUUCUCACUUUGUGCUUCUCCUUUGUUCUUCUGAAAACUUAAUUUUGAAAGAUUUGAAACCUUUCAGUUUUUCCCAGUUUAGUGUUCACUCCCAUGGCUGCACUGAUUCCUGACUCUAUUUUCAGGUACUCCAGAACUUCUGUGUUGUUGUGACUGAGGAGGUGCUGAAAACUUUCCUGUCCAUCAUUUUAGUGCUGAUUUUUGCUCCCUCUGUGACUCAGGGUGUGGCUCAGGGUUUGUUGUACAGCUGGAUGUCAGAAUAAGGGAUUGCAGCUUUAAAUCCCUCUUGUCUGCUCCUCUCUUUUCUCACUUUGUGCUUCUCCUUUGCUAUUCUGAGAACUUAAUUUUGAAAGAUUUGAAACCUUUCAGUUUUUCCCAGUUCAGUGUUCACUCCCAUGGCUCCACUGAUUCCUGUACUCCAGAACUUCUGUGUUGUUGUGACUGAGGAGGUGCUGAAAACUUUCCUGUCCAUCAUUUUAGUGCUGAUUUUUGUUCCCUCUGUGACUCAGGGUGUGUUGUUCAACUGGGUGUCAGAUUAAGGGAUUGCAGCUUUGAAUGAGGAAUUAAAUCCCUCGUCUGCUCCUCUCUUUUCUCACUUUGUGCUUCUCCUUUGUUCUUCUGAAAACUUAAUUUUGAAAGAUUUGAAACCUUUCAGUUUCUCCCAGUUCAGUGUUCACUCCCUUGGCUGCACUGAUCCCUGGCUCUAUUUUCAGGUACUCCAGAACUUCUGUGUUGUUGUGACUGAGGAGGUGCUGAAAACUUUCCUGUCCAUCAUUUUAGUGCUGAUUUUUGUUCCCUCCAUGACUCAGGGUGUGGCUCAGGGUUUGUUGUACGGCUGUGUGUCAGAAUAAGGGAUUGCAGCUUUGAAUGAGGAAUUAAAUCCCUGUUUUCUGCUUGUCUCUUUUCUCACUUUAUCCUUCUCCUUUGCUCUUCUGAGAACUUGAUUGUGAAGGAUGUGAAGCCCUUCAGUUUCUCCCAGUUCAGAGGGCUCUCAGGUUUGUUCCUUCACUGCCAGUGCCAGCAAUUUCCACUUUCCUGCUCAGUUUUUUGGGAAUCCUGGGGAAGGCAGGCCACAGAUGCUGACUCUGCUUCAUCUUGCACUUCUAUGUCAGCACUGAAGGCUUCAGCAUUCCUUUGGCCUUGAUAAUUGGGGUUACCAGUAUUAGUUAGACAAAUAAUUUAUUUAAUCAGUUAAAAUUAAAUUAAUUUUAUCAAUAAAUAGUUAGCAAAGUUAUGUUAGGCAAGGAAAAGCCUGAAUCCUGGGGAAGGCAAUCCUUGGAUUCAUCUUGCACUUCUUGCCUGCCUAUGUCAGCACUGAAGGCUUCAGCAUUCCUUUGGCCUUGAUAAUUGAGGUUACCAGUAUUAGUUAGAGAAAUAAUUUAUUUAAUUAAAUUAAUUUUAUCAAUAAAUAGCUAACAAAGUGUUGUUAGCCAAAGAAAAGCCUGAAUCCUGGGGAAGGCAGGCCAUGGAUUCAUCUUGCACUUCUUGCCUACCUAUGUCAGCACUGAAGGGUUCAGCAUUAUUUUGGCCUUAAUAGUUGGGGUUACCAGUAUUAAUUAGACAAAUAAUUUAUUUAAUUAAGUUAAUUUUAUCAAUAAAAGUGAUGUUAGCCAAAGAAAAGCCUGAAGCCUGGGGAAGGCAGUCCUUGGGUUCAUCUUGGACUUCUUCUAUGACAGCACUGAAGGGUUCAGCAUUCCUUUGGCCUUGGCAGUUGGGGUUACCAGUAUUAAUUAGACAAAUUAUUUAUUUAAUUAUUUAAAAUUAAAUUAAUUUUAUCAAUAAAUAGCUAACAAAGUGAUGUUAGCCAAGGAAAAGCUUGGAUCCUGGGGAAGGCAGGCCAUGGAUGUUGGCUCUGCUUCAUCUUGCACUUCCUGCCUGCCUAUGACAGCACUGAAGGGUUCAGCAUUCCUUUGGCUUUGACAGUUUGGGUUACCAGUAUUAAUUAGACAAACAAUUUAUUUAAUUAGUUUAAAUUAAAUUAAUUUUAUCAAUAAAAGUGAUGUUAGCCAAGGAAAAGCCUGGAUCCUGGGGAAGGCAGGCCAUGGAUUCAUCUUGCACUUCUUGCCUGCCUAUGACAGCACUGAAGGGUUCAGCAUUCCUUUGGCCUUUACAGUUGGGGUUACCAGUAUUAAUUUAGACAAAUACCAGUAAUUUAGACAAGUAAUUUAUUUAAUUAAAUUAAUUUUAUUAAUAAAUAGUUACCAAAGUGAUGUUAGCCAAAGAAAAGCCUGGAAGUGUGCCAGUGCCUUGCUGCAGGGACCAGUGCAGCACCUCCUGCACAGAUGUGGCUGUUUUUCAGAGCUUCAGUAAUGCACUUCAAUGGGUGGAUGUUCUGCUCUGAAUUCAUACUGUGAAAUGUGCUGGAAUGUACAGGAAAUCCCCUGAAAUGUGUCCUGAAAAACACUGAUGGAACUGUGAUCCCAAUUCUUUCCAUUCACUUAUUUGUUUGUGUUUGAUCUUAUCACUGUGGCCAGAGGGCUCCAACUGUAUCACUGAAUAAUUGAAACAAAACUGACAGUUUCAUCUAAUAAAAUGAGGAAUGGGAA